AUGUCCCUUUCUGCCGCAACUGACCGUCUCGAAGCUCGCGAUGUCUUGCUCUUCUCAUUGCUCCUCGAUAACGCCGCCGCCGGCAACACAGCCUGGAACCUCUUCUACGACCUACGCAUCUCCAAGGCCGAUACUCAGCUUCUCUCAAAUCAGCUCGAGAAACUACUCGCGGCAUCCGAAUCAUUUAACUCUUGGAAGGCUAGCUCCUAUGGCAAAGUCUUCCCCUUCGUCGAUGAGGCUACCUUUGAUGACGUCCGCGCAAUCUGGAAAACAUGCUUUGACACUGCCUCUGCAGAUGAUCGAGCUGGACAGGAGGCUGCGCUCAAAUCUGCCAUCAAACGAUCUUUAGAAAUUAGAAAGGUCGUCAUGGGCGGCGAAGGACAAAGCUUAACCGGCAUGCGAUCUGCUGCCCCUCUCUCGACGGGAAACUUCGAAGCCAUCACCAACGCGACCGAUGCCUACUUCGAUACCUCGAAACCAAAUCACAGCUGGUCCGGUGACAUUCCUAACCCUAUGUUCAUCGCCCCGUUAUCAAGCCACAGAGUCCUGCACCACGGCGCCGACCCAAUCCUCGGAUUUCACCUUGCGACCGGUUUCGCAGCCCUCACCGACGCGUCUCCGUUGAAACCCGAUCCGAAAGAUGGACCAUUGAUGGCAUUCGCAGCAGCCAAAACCCAGUUUCGCGAAUGGAGCACUGCUUGCGGCAAUCUCCUACGCGAGAAAAAGCUUGUGAUCCGCUUCGUCGCGAGCGAGGCUCUUGCUUUCUGCCAGACUCUUCAGCAUUUUGUUUCCACAAAGGAAACUUCAGCUGGAUGGUAUCGCAGGCAGUUUGACUCAAGGCCCUUUUGUCUGGAUCCCGAUGCGUACGGAGGCAAGCUAGCCGCGCCCUCCUCCUUUGAUGCCAUCGAUACAUCCAACCUCGCAGACCACGUCGGCACGAUCAACCUCCUCACGUCCGCACUUCCCUUGCUUGCCCCUCAGCCAUGGUCUUCUGUGUUCACGGAAACUCUGCUGAAGAGAGAGGACACGAGCAAGGAAGGAUUCGACAGAGUUCUCUACGGCCACGGGCCCACUGUGUCUUUGCUUCUUGGCGCCAGCGCAGUCGAGUACUGGACCAAUACAACGGCUGUGUCAUGGGUCGACGAGAUGUUGAUCAAUUUCAUGGCCGGCACGUUGCAAGACAAGAAGGACGUCCAAACUCAGCUACACACCCGCAUAAACUGGAAGCAGAGCAAGUUCUUUUCCGGAGUUGACACCACCGGGCCACUUCAGGUUGACCCUGAGGCCCUUGCAGGCGUGCUCUUUAAGCUUUACCUCGAGAUCUUUGCCCAUGAAAACCCGAUGAAGCUUCUAUCCAUAUCGAAGGCAUCGAUGGCUCAGCUUAUUCGCAAUACAGCCUACACAAACUUCCACCGAGGGACUUUGGUGUCCCUUAUGCGCUACCUCAAGCUAAGAUUAUCUGUUUCCGACUUUGAUCGCACAGUUAACCUCUUCUUGGAGAAGUACUCUUUCGAAAGAAGCCUCAUGUUCACUGGCAACUUGCGGCAAGACUUUUCUCUGCAGAUGCACACCCAGGGGCUAUUUUCUGAACCCUGGCUUCAGAGAGAAAUUAAGCCAAACCGCAACCUCGGCGGUUUCGACUCCUGGGAAUCGAUCCCAGAGGUUGUGGCCGUAACCCUUGUGGUCCCGAACAAUGCGAUCAAACGCAUGUUUACUGGCUCGCACGAGGCGGACAUCGCGUCCCCCACCGUCAGAGGUUCCCUGGUAUCCGGUAAGGAUGCCGACCACAAGUGGCACAACUUCUUCGAUGAUGUGCAGCUCGUCUGGGGCACCGUCAAGCCCAGUGGCGACCGAGAAUCUUCCAAUAAGUUCUCCGUCACUGUUGAGCCUGAUCCCGCCGGAUGGGCCGGUAACUCACCUCUCAUCGCGUCAUUCUACGUCCCAUCUUCCGCGCUUCAAGUCGAGCGCAAGACGGCUUUCGUACGUCUCGAGGUCCAAAGCUCUGCCCAGAACAUUGCAGUCUACCAGAAAACACUUGGCCAGGAUUUGAAGGUUCACGAAAGCAAGCUGGCAGAUGAAUCCAGCGUAUUCAUCACAAAGUAUCUGCCUGGUCAGACCCGAUACCCCGCGACUUGCGAGGCCGCCGGUGCCGUCGCGGAGUCUGCCACAGAGGCGAAGGGAGAGACUCAAGCCAUUUUUACUGCCAACAUGACAGCAGAGCAAGACAAGAUAGCAACUAUCACUGGCCAUCUCGAUUUCCUCUCCGCCAAGGGCAAGAAGCUACUCACCGAUAAGGUUCCCAUCGAGACUGAGCAAGUAACUCCGUUUACUGUUAACGUUGUCUUUGGCGAGAAGCAGCACAUCUACCCCAUCACCUUUCCCAUUCCCAUUGACGCUAGCGAAGGCAAAGUAAAGAUCCGAAUCGCCCGCAAGUCAUCUUACUUCGAAGUCAUCGCGCCCAUUGCUGCCCCUGCCACAGGUGGAGGCGUCGAAAGCCCCCUUGUGGACUUCACCUUCCCGAUUACCCUCGCAAAGAGCUUAUCACACACUCCGGUGGACUUCAACACCCCGCACUUCAACCUCGACCGCCUUCCCAUCAUCGAUAUAACUAACAAGGCCGCAAACCGCUUCAUGGUCAACAUGAUUGCCUGUCAUUUCUCCGUCGGCGAGAAAAAAGUCCGCGAGCAAGCCCAAGCAGGCCGCGGCAAUGGCAUCUCCCGAUCCACUCGCCUCAACUUCAAAGAAUCCGUAUUCACCAUGUUCAUGCUCGCCUCGGGCUUACAGGGCGGGCAGACUGGUCUGAUGUGCCUGAGCCACGCCUCGAAUGACACCGGCGUUCACAUGCUCAUCCUCGUCUCUGCCGUCCGUCUCGAUCCUGCCUCCGGCUCCGUCGUUCUCGAUGCCGCAGUGAUCCCUUUCACCGAGAAAAUGAUCCACGAGCUCGAGCCCUUCCUUCUCAUUCUCCGCGAGCUCGAAUGCGCCCAAAUCAGCGUCGACGACGCGGAGCUCACCCUCUGGCGCAAGGUGCUCCCCGCACUUGCAGAGCGCACCCGCACCUGGGACCACAAGUCGUCGUGCGAGUACCGCAAAACGGGCAAGGUGCCCGUAUCGACGGAGACGGGGAAGCAGGUCCUCUGCUCUUGCGGUCAGGGAAAACUGCCGGACAACUUCGUCGCUCUUCCCGAGUGGGAUACCGCGUCAAAGUAUGCCACGCGCAUCGCCAUCAGCCCGACUUUCGCGGUCCCGUUCGUAGAUGACUGCGUCGACUUUGAGACCUGGGGAAGGAGUGGAGGAGGCAGACAGCAGCAGGUGGAGAGGUGCAGAGCCUGUGGCAAAUCGGAGGCUGAGAGCAGUACGAAGCUGAAGAAGUGUACGCGCUGCUUGCAGGUCAAGUAUUGCAGCGGAGAGUGUCAGAAGAAGGAUUGGAGGAAGCACCGCGCGGAGUGUGCGGAGAGUGACAUUCACACGAAGCUGGAGGCGCCUGACGUGGACUAA